AUAACUCUGCAUCAUCCCAUCUCCUCCUCGCCCCCAUCUCUCUUCCCCCCACCCGUGCCGACGGUGCCGCGUCCAUCGAAAUUCCAUUCUCUUGAUUCUUCUUUACCUUCUCCCCCUCUCUCGGAGGGGAGGGGAAUAAUAAAAGAACACAUCCAUCUACCCCCCUCCGCAAUGCGCGUCCUCGUCGUGGUCCUGCUCGCCGCCGCCGCGGCGGUGGCGGCUGCAGGCGGUGGGGAUUUGCCGGAGUUCAGGGAGGCGCCGGCGUUCCGCAACGGCGCGGGGUGCGCGGGCGCGCCGACGAUCCACAUCGCGAUGACGCUGGACGGGACCUACCUGCGGGGCUCCCUCGCGGGCGUCCUAUCCGUGCUCCGCCACGCCGCCUGCCCGGAAUCCAUCGACUUCCACUUCGUCGCCUCCUCGGCGUCCCCCGCGCGCCGCCUCGCCAGGCUGCGCGCCGCGCUCGCGGCGGCCUUCCCCACGCUCCCCGCCACCGUCCACCGCUUCGACGCCCGCCUCGUGCGCGGCAAGAUCUCCUCCUCAGUCCGCCGCGCCCUCGACCAGCCCCUCAACUACGCCCGCAUCUACCUCGCCGACAUCCUCCCCCGCUCCGUCUCCCGCGUCCUCUACCUCGACUCCGACCUCCUCGUCGUCGACGACGUUGCGCGCCUCUGGGCCACCGACCUCGGCCCCGACGCCGCCCUCGCCGCGCCCGAGUACUGCCACGCCAACUUCACCUCCUACUUCACCGACGCCUUCUGGCGCCACGGAGAGUACUCGUCCGUCUUCGCCAACCGGGCGCGCGAGCCGUGCUACUUCAACACCGGGGUCAUGGUCAUCGACCUGGACAGGUGGCGAGCCGGUGACUACACGGCGAAGCUGGAGUACUGGAUGGAUGUGCAGAAGCAAGAGGCCAGGAUAUACGAGCUAGGAUCCCUCCCGCCCUUCCUCCUGGUGUUUGCCGGCGAGGUGAAAGCCGUGCAGCACAGGUGGAACCAGCACGGGCUCGGCGGUGACAACGUGGCGGGGCAGUGCAGGGAGCUCCACCCUGGGCCGGUGAGCCUGCUCCACUGGAGCGGCAAGGGGAAGCCAUGGCUGCGGCUGGACGCCGGCCGGCCUUGUCCGCUGGACGCGCUCUGGGCGCCCUACGACCUGCUCCGCCGCCGCGGCGCCCGCGACGACCUCCUCGCGGCCGUCGCCUGACAAUGCGCGUCACUGGAGCAAACAGCGGAUCACUGGCCAUGACUUGGCUUGGUUGCGGCGUCGCGUCAUUGGGGUCGGUGUCGGCGUCGGGGUAGUGACCCGCCGGCCCUCUUGGCCUUGGAGGAUGGGCCCGGCGCAGGACCACGUGGAUGGUUUAUGGCUUUGGUUGGAGUGGCCCUAUCGGUAAUGACAUCUGGGCCCACUUGCUGGUGACGGAUGUCAAGUUUUGUGGGGGAGUUUGAGACGGGGCUGGGAUGAGAUCGUCAGAUGCGACGCUGGGUUGUGCACAGCUGUUAUUUUUUGCCCAGUUUUGGGAAUCUGUUACUCCGUAUUAGAUUUCAUUCGUGUUUGUUAGUAGUAAAAGUUUCUAUUGCUUGUACUACUACUCCAUAAUAAGUAUAGCUCGGUCAAAAUAAUUAAGGGAAUAAUUUGUGGUAUGUCGGGGUGAAACAAAGAGAUGUUGGGAAAUGAGAUAAAGCUUUGUCUAAUGCAAAAAAUUUAGCAA